GGCUGCAACGCUGUGUGUGGCUUCCUAGCUAGGGCAUUGCAUGGGCAGAUAGAUAGAGAGAGAGAGAGAGAGAGAGAGCAUAUUUGCAUAAGUAGAGACAAAGAAAGAAGGCAAGGGGGAGAAGGAAGUGUCGGGUUGAUUUCUGGAUAUUUCCUUUUUAUUCUUGCUUUUGGAUUGGUAGGAUCAAAUUGGUUGGAAGAAGAAGAAGAAGAAGAAGAGAGUGAGAGAGAGAGAGGAUGGGGAGAGGAAGAGUGGAGCUGAAGAGGAUAGAGAACAAGAUCAACAGGCAGGUGACCUUCGCCAAGCGCAGGAAUGGGCUCCUCAAGAAAGCCUACGAGCUCUCCGUCCUCUGCGACGCUGAGGUUGCUCUCAUCGUCUUCUCCAAUAGAGGAAAGCUGUACGAGUUUUGCAGCUCCUCCAGCGUGCUCAAGACUUUGGAGAGGUACCAGAAAUGCAGCUACAACGCAAUGGAGCCGACUGUAUCCGCAAAGGAAGCUUCCCUGGAACUAAGUAGCCAGCAGGAAUAUCUCAAACUGAAAGCACGGUAUGAAGCCCUUCAAAAAACCCAGAGGAAUCUACUGGGAGAAGAACUUGGCCCUUUGAGCAGCAAAGAGCUUGAAUCCCUAGAGAGGCAGCUGGAUGCGUCUCUUAAGCAGAUCAGAUCAACACGGACUCAAUACAUGCUGGAUCAACUCAGUGAACUUCAAAGGAAGGAAUAUAUGCUCAACGAGGCAAAUCGCGCUCUAAAACAACGGUUGAUGGAGGGAUACCAGGCGGCGAACCUGCUGCAGCUGAAUCCGGCCGCAGAUCAUGAAGUGGGCUAUGGCCGACAGGGGGCUCCGCCUCAGCCCGAUGGGCUCUUCCACCAGUUGGACUGUGAGCCCACUCUCCAUAUCGGAUACCAGCCCGAUCCUGUAGCAGCAGUCACGGCCGGACCGAGUGCCAACAACUUCAUGCCGGGUUGGCUGCCGUGAAGAUACUCUUAUGCAAUCAUCCUUAAUUCCUAGCUAGGUUGCUCCAACAUAAGAGAAUCUCAAUGUUCCGAUGUGCUUGGAUUAGUGUCUAUGGUGUUUGUCCGGUUAAGGAUUUCUGUAAGUAGACCUUUUGUGUGUGUGCGUCUUGUCUUUCGUGUGCUGUUAGAAGUCUAUUCAGACCUCGUGAAAUGUACCAAACAAAUAAUUAUUUUUUUCCCCUAUGCAAGAAGAAAAACUCUCCUAUUCUGCUUCAA